UUGAUCUUAAAAUAACAACACGUUUACCACUGAUAUGUUCACAGAUGUUGUCAAUACAUCCAAUUGGUUCACAUGAGACACACUAUUAUAAAGUGAUAAUCACUUGAAAUAUCAUAUAAUAUCAAUAUAAUGGUAAUUCAAACGAUCACUUAAUCAAUGGUAAACAAAACGAUGUCAUCGUUUGCAACAAUAGUCGCAUAAGAGAUGGCAUUACUAUUGAAGUCUUACUUUACUUUACAUCUGCACUGCUUUUGAACGACUCUUUGAUUUUUGAUUUGUUUCAAUUCAAUCAUUUGUUUAUUGUUUACAUCUUAUUGUCACCGAAUCUGAUUCAUUCAUAUUGACAACACAUUAGACAACACAUAACAACAAGACAUGUAUGGCUUAGAAGAGGCAGGAAUUCCUGGCAAAGAAUAUCUUCGCGAUUCACUGACUAACUGUGCGGAUCCGUUGAAAGCUAUUGAAGACUUCCAGACAGAUAAUGGUAUUCUUUUGCCAUCACUUCGACCAAUGCUUCCUUUAUUGGACUUACAUGGAGUCAAACGACAAGAGUUUCAUUUUUCUGUUCUCGAAGAACUCCGGGAAAAGUUAAUCGUUCGCAUUGAAGAUAUGAAUAAAUUGGAGACCAAAGAGCGCGACAAUAAACUUAAAGAUCUGUUAACUAAAAGCUUUCCAUUGAUUAGAGUACCGGCACUGCAACCGGUGGUUAUGGCUAUACUUAAGAACUUAGAUGUCGUAGAAGAUAAAUAUCUCAACGAUUUGGUGGCAGAUAAGAGUCUGUAUGAGAAGUGCGAUAUCUCAGUAAAGCGUCAGAUAUGGCAACAACAUCCGACACUCUUCGGUGAUGAAGUGUCACCAAUACUCAGUCAAUAUAUCAAAGAAAAAGAAAUGCUUUUUUUCAACUUUAAAGACGCGACGAAAUCGUUUUACUCAUUGAGUCCACGAGUUCGCCGUCAGAAUCCAAUUAUUCAAACUUUAGUUAAAAUGGUCGGUAAGAAUGUUCUUCUUUACGAUACAAUACUUCAGUUUUUGCGAACACUAUUCUUGCGGACGAAGAAUGUUCACUAUUGUACACUUCGAGUGUCACUAUUGAUGGCACUGCAUGACUGUGAAGUUCAAGAUAUCACUGGUAUGGAUCCGUGUCAUAAGUUUGGCUGGUGUUUGGAUGCAUGUAUUCGGGAACAGAACGUCGAUCCCAAGCGAUCCCGAGAAUUACAGGGUUUUCUUGAAGGUGUGCGUCGAGGACAGGAACAUGUGUUGGGAGAUAUUUCAAUGACUUUAUGCGAUCCGUAUGCCAUAAAUUUUUUGGCACUUUCAUGCAUGAAGAUUAUCAAUCAUCACAUCCAAAGCGAGACAUUGGCCAGAGAUAACAAUAUUCUGAUGCUUUUGCUUCGUAUGCUUAACUUAGGUCUUCAUAGUUGGGAUGUACUCAACUCACAAGUCUUCAGAGAGCCCCGUCUCGAUCCCGAUCUCAUCACUAAAUUUGUUCCAAUUCUUAUGUCAUUUAUAGUCGACGAUCAGGUGAGAAGUGUUAACUCAAAGCUUCCACCCGAUGACAGAGAGUCAGCACUGGCUAUCAUUGAACAUUCAGGUCCUCCACCAGACUCUUACCAACAAUUUAUUACCGAAGAUCGGUUGGCAUCGAUUUUGGCCAUUUAUUACACAUUACAAGUAACUAAACAAAAGGAUAAACAGGCGGUAAUGCGAGUGUUGGGCACAUUGUCGGCAUCUCAUGAUAACCGAGCACUUAGUGACCAAUAUUUACAUAUUUUGGUCAAUAAUUUAAUUACUAUGAGUGAAGACUUUGCGAGUGAAGAGUUUUGUUCAGUAGUUUUCGAUGAAAUAUAUCUGCCAUCACUAACAUAUGGCAAUGUUGUACAUCAUAUGAUGAAACUUUUGUAUCACAUUCAUCAACAUUUACCACAACAACGACUCGACAAUACCAUUAAAAUUUUAGAGUCGUUUUCAUAUAUGAAUGAAAAUAGUAAAACACUUUUUCAAGAAUUGCAAACAAAAGUUAAAGAAUUUGUGGCAAAAGUCGAAUCACAACCACAACAAUCACAACAAACCAACGAUGACUUCGCCUCAUCUGUUCUCACACCUGCAGCACAUCGAGACUGAUAUACUAUUAAAAAAUUUAUUAGUGUUUGCGAUAAACAAAUUUAUACCAAAAUUAUAUAAUAGUUGUAAUAUUUUAUUUAUUUAUUAAAAA